GAAGCUGACACGCUCACUUGUGCAUAUGGAAGUGAGAGCCUUCCUCCGAGGUGCUGCUCAGGACGCGCGGUCCAACGUUCCCGAGGCGAUCUCGCGAGCUCGCGCGGAGCAUUCAGAGCGUCGGAGUACCAUCCUGGAGAUCUGUAACUAGGACUUGCGACUGCCCCGAUGGCUAGCAAUUCCGCCGCCUCGCUUACAGACUCCGGACCGGGGUGCCCACUUCCCUUAUCCGAAUUCGCUGACCCCGAAUCGCACAGGAACCUCGCCGCCCUCCCGGACCCGCACCGCUUCUACUCGUCACCGACCACGAGCCGAGGAGAAGACGCGGAGCGUGCUUAGAAAGGCGAUUUGAGCGAGCCGAACCCCUUCGCGGGAGGCCGACAUGAACGCGGUAACUCGCCGGCGGGUCCAAAGCUGCAGUGCUGAGCGCAGCCCUUCCACGCGACGGACGAGAGGCCGGGUAUGAACUCCGCUCGGGGGCAGCUUUGCAGGGUCCCAGCUUAGACACUUCGAGAUGCUCGGCAUUCAAAGGCGUUUCAGGCGAGAGAUAGGCGAUCCGUCCUAGUGCGAGGCUCCCGGCGCGCAG